AUGAUUGAACCUGAAGAAAAUUGCUACUUACUUGAAAGAUCGUACGUGCCGGAUGGUAAAGAUGAUAUUUUAUAUGAUCCAGUAGAACUCCAAGUGAUUGAAUCUCCACAAGAUACAUUAUUUUUAGGA